AUGGAUUUGUAUUAUGGAGGAAAUCUUUUUACGAUUAUGAGACAGAGCGUCUACAUUUAUGGAUGCGUUCUUUCCUCCUCUUGUCACACUACUGCAGUAACGACUAACAAGAACGAGGAAAACCUCUUGUGGACAGUUAACAUUUAUGAUGAGGAGAAGAGCUUCACAGGAAACAAAAUAAGCUGCGACGAAAUCAUUACGCUGAAGCAUGUCAAGUCGAACGGAUACUUGAUGGGCUCCUCGCACGACUCGAUACUUUCUAACAAUUAUGAACUAAGUGUUCAUCAGAGUAAAGAGUUGGGUAAAUUUCAAGUCAUUUGUGAAAAGAAAAAAGCCAAUCCCUACUGGUCAGUGGGCGAAAAUAUUUACCUAAAGAGCGUGGAUCACAAUGGAUAUGUCUCCACUAGCAAAAGCUAUGAAUUUAAUCAAUACAAUUGCCACAACUGCCCAAUUUUGUACCACCUGGAGGCAUGCAUUAUGAGAUAUACUUACCCGCGCAGUGAGCAGAAGUGGAAGGCCAAAUCGGGCGUCAUCAUAACCCCAUUUGACGAAGGACGCGGCGAGAAAUUUAAUGUUGAUGAACUAUGA